CAAAACGCGCCUAUCUUGAGUGUAAAUAGCAAGCGGGCAGAGGGAGAAAUAUGGAAAACACUUCAGAUAUUUAUGAACACUUCAGCUUUAAUAAAUCAUAGCGUUGAGCAAUAAUAACAUAAAUCUAUUAUAAUGUUGAUCGCUUACGUUCCGAUCAUUGUUCUUUAGAUAUCAGGUAGGAAUUUAUCAUCUAGAACCAGCAAAAGGUUGAAAACAUCAAAGCCUAUAUUUAGGUUUGAUAAAUAUGUAGGACUAUCCUGGCAUUUCGACUGACUGUUAAAGUAACGUUAGUCUAAUUAAAUGUAGCCGGUGUGAAGGAUAAUAGCAUUAUGAUGUAGGUCAUUUCUUAGCGGCUGUAGAAACGUCGACGUUUGGAGAUUCUGGAGAAAUAAAGCAAGAUGGUUUUGUCUUUGGUGGAGCUCUGCGCUCGGGAGGUGGUCAGUGACCACAGCUCUUCGCCGUGUUGGUUAAGCUGUGUACCGAGGGAACUCUACCGACCGCUUCUGGAUGCCGCUUUCACCCACUGCCGUCCUCUAGCCGUCGGCGAGCUCGUCCAGCGGUGGCCUGAACGGGUACUGGUCGUAGGAGGGGGUAGAAAACGGGGCCAGUGCUCUCCGAACCGUCUGUGCGUUCAAGCGCUGCUGUUGGCAGUGGUCAGGGGAUUGACGAAUAAGAGCUGUUGCCUGCAGGUGCUGGAUCUUAGUGGACUUCAGUGUGAGGAUGGGAGGGCUGAAGACUCAAUGGGUGGAUGGUCUCUCACUGUUGCCCUUUGCUCAAUGGUGCUACAAGCUCGAGCUGCUGCUUCCAGGGCUCACAAGAGAGAAGGAGAAAGAGAACGAAAAAGAGGGCUAGUAGGUGAACGUGAGAGGGGUGGCACUGUCAAGCGAGACCGUGAAGGAGGUGAGAGAGGACACAGAGAAGAAAAGUUAGGGAAGAUGGAAUGCAGAAGUAAUGGAGAGAACAGCUUCAGUCACAGUAAAGUGAUGUUACCAGAAGAUGAGUCUGUGAAGGGUGUCAGGAGAAGAAUGGAAAUUCAGAGGAAAAAGUCAUCAUCCAUGUUGAACGUUAGUAAUGGUGGUAGUAGUUUAUCUAACCAGGACUGGGACGAAGUAGUGGUUGUUCAUGUCAGGGCUGACCUUUUCGUCAAUGCCCGUUCUUGGGAACGUGUUCGUGAUGCCCUUAGUCACCUCUGCCCUGUGAGGCUCCACUGUCGCUACCUCCGUGUGGAGGAACUCUUGGCCUCCUCCAUAGCUUCCUUAUUGGGCCUCCUACCUCAGCAGGAUCUUCUUGGUGUAGACAUUCGCUACUCCAGCCUUGGGGUGUCGGGUCUGGCUAUGCUGCUACCGCUCUUUGCUCCUUUUCCUCAGCUCUACUCUCUAAGACUACAUUACUGUAACUUGGACUUGCAACGCAGACAGCCUGGCCAGCAGGGGGCGCUUGAAGACAUGUCUAAAGGACUGGGUUCACUGAAGAGACUGAAGAAGUUAUGCCUAACUGCACUCCGACUACCAGGACACCUGCGUUUGCUGCUCAGCUCUCUUUCCCAGCCUCUGGAGGUGCUGGAGCUGCCAUACCUGUGCCUGACCUCAGCCGAUCUGGCGUACCUCUCCUGCAGCCAGCAUGCUUCAUUCCUUAAGGAACUUGACCUGAGUGAGAACUUGCUUGAUGAAUCGUCUCUGCCCUCUCUGCGCCGUCUUUUAGCUCAAGCUGAAAGCACUCUGAUCCAGCUUUCGCUCUGUGGUUGUGGUCUCUCCGAUGCGCUCAUGGAAGCACUUCUGCCCUCCCUUUCUUGCUGUCGGGUUUUACGUAGCUUAAGACUGGCCUUGAACCCGCUCUCUAGGACAGGACUGCUUCCCCUGGCACGUACAGCUGCAGGUAUCCCCUCCCUUCGUCUUCUGCUUUAUCCCAGUCCACUAGAGGAAUAUGAGCCUGGUCUGCCGGCUCUCCCCUCCAGUGCUCAGCUGUUGGACUGGCCUCUGAUGGAGGAAACGGAGGGCAGAGAUUUGACACUGAGACUGCUGGAUGAGGUUCUUAGCAUAAGAGGCCGCUCCAGUGAUCUUCUUUUGACCUCUGACCUGCUGAACUAUAGCUCAGACUUGAAAGUGGAUGAUUAGAAUGGUUCUUUAUUUGUAGUCGGAGCAGGUAUAUCUGUCAUUGCUCUAAAAUGCUGUGAAUGUCCCAGGGCCCUUAUAAAGCGUGACUAUCAAAGCUUAUUGUUUUUCUCCUGGUUGCCAAUUACAUUGUAAAAAUUCCUUGCUGCACUUAAAUAUUUAAGUUUAAACAACCUGAAGUAAUAACUUGAAUUAAUAUAAAUUAUAAAAUAAAGCAGUAGUUCAACUUAAUUUUUUAUUAUACCAACUCCUUACUAGUCAGAACAUUUUAUAUGACUUGUUAAUUCAAAUUGUUUUAACUUAAAAAUGUAAGUGCAACAACAAGGAUUUUUUUACAGUGUAAUAACAAAUCUCUGUUCUUUGUGAUCAUUUUUAAAACAUCUGGUCAGUCUUAAUCCUAGCAUGAUAUUUUUGCAUCACAUAUAACAUUAUAUUCAUUUACACUUUUGUCAAGUAAUAUAUUAUGGUUUUAUUCUUUAUAUUAUUGUAUACCAAGACAUAGCCAAAAAUGCAUAGUGAUUGUUCAAAUUGUAAUUUGAACCAAACUCUUAAUGCAGUUUCUGAAUUUUGGAUGUUUUUAAAACGUGGUGUACAGCACUAAAUUAAUUUACAGAAGUGUUGGCCCAAGUUUUAUUUUUUUGCACAUUUUUCCUUUUGCUUUUGUGUGAAUCUUUAUAUUUUGAUGAAAUGAAAGUGGUCAGCCGUAACUGGUAAUAAUAUUUAAACGCGAAGACUGUGGUGUUAGACAAUUAGGGGCGGUUUGCCGGACAGGGAUUAGCUUAAGCCACGACUAGGCCUUAGUUUAAAUAGGGAAUAUAGUUUUAACAAACAUGCCUUACUAAAAACAUUACUUGUGUGCAUUUUUAGGGAAAACAAAGGGUCCUGAUGUACUUAAUGAUAUGUCAGUGCAAGUAGUUUUCAGUUUGGACAGCUCUUAAAUUUUUUUUAGUCUAGGACUAUAGUCUAAACCCUGUCCAGGAAACUGCCCCGUAAUGUCUUUGGAGCCUAUUAUUUUUUCCUUUUUGUUUUUAUUUUGACUUAAAUGUUUUAUUUAGGAUAUUAUUAUAAUCUCAAAGCACAUGUUAAAGGGAUCUCCAGCCACAUAUAAAAAUACCCACAAUUUACCUACCCUCAAGCAAUUUGAGAUCCAUCAUCUUUCAGACGAGCACAUUUGGAGUUAUUGUAGUAAAUGUCCCUGUUCUUUCAAGCUUUAUAAUGGUAGAAAACAGGGAUCAGGGAACAACUUCUGACUUAAGUUAGAAAGUAAAGCAAUAAUAACUAAAGUGCAUUUAUCCUUCACAGAUGUGAUCCACAUGGCUCCAAUGGGUUAAUAAAGGUCUUCUGCGUGUAAUUGAUGCGAUUUUGUAAGAAAAAUAUCCAGAUUUCAAACUUUAUAAAGUGUAAUAUAACUAGCUUCCAUUGACGGCACCAUCUUGGACUCACACAAGAGUUUUAGUGUAGUCAGCGUUUGUUGCCAUGGGUACUUACGCACAAGAUGAUGUCACUGGAUGACGGAUUGUUUGCGGGUAAGUACAUCAUGGGGUACUUUUAAUAUUUGGCUGGAGUAUCGCUUUGAGUAUACCUAUGUGGAGGUUUGGUUACAGUAAGUGUAUUUUCACUUCCUAAAUGUUUCUUCUGCUUCUCAAAACCAGCAUUUGUAUCCCUCCUUCCAAAUAAAUGCAAACCAAAACAUUUCAUAAAUGGAAAAUUAACUGUUUAAGGGAGAUUUCUAAGGAGAAAUAGGUUUUGGGUACAGGUACAAGUCCUUCUUUACAGAACAAACUGAACAGAAGAUCUGC